AUGGAGGAAGUGAUCCCUUCUCUGAGACGUCUACUCUGGGACAUCUCCCAAAGUUGUGUACAGAGCCUCACAGAGGACACGCCGCUGCAUGAUGCGUCAGGAGAUAGACAAGGCUGUGUUUGUCUACCGUCAGCCCUAGCGAACGACAACUCCUGGGACGGGACAUCUGACAGAACCUCGAACACCUGCCAGUCCGUGGAAAGGAAUGAUUGGCAGUCCACUGGUUCAGGAGAAGAAGAGGGCAAAAAGUCAAUUGGCAGGAGUAUGAUUCUAAAAGAUGACUCGGGUGUAUCUGCCUGGACGCGACCAGAUGGCCACCACCUCCUCCUCUUCCUCCUGUCUCUCACUGCCAUCCGCGUCCAUUCAGACAUUGAUUUUCCCAAGGACAGUCAGCAUUUCUCAUGGAAAACAGGCCAGUGGGGUCGCUGCCUGGGGGAGGAAUGUGGCUCGGGUGGGACCCAGACCAGGAUGGUGUGGUGCGUUCAUGCAGAAGGCUGGACCACCCACCACUCCAAUUGCCCGCAGGCGGACAAGCCAGAGGGCCAGCGCCAUUGCUUCAAGGUGUGCGAGUGGCACCAGCACCUGUUUGAGUGGGAAGUGUCUGAGUGGGGUGCCUGCCUGCUUGUGCCCUACUUCUCCGACGAACUCAAGCUGCAAACCGCAGAGUGUGUGACGGCGCAGCAUGGAAUCCAGCGGCGACGCGUCCAGUGCUCCCACACCAACAACCGGACAUUGGUGACCUCGCGCAUCUGCGAGUUCUUUUCCCAGAAGCCUUCAGGGGAGCAGGCAUGUCUCAUUCCCUGUCCCCAGGACUGUGUGGUGUCGCUUUUCACUUCCUGGUCCAGCUGCAGCCGGAGCUGUGGGGUGGGGCUUCAGCAUCGGACUCGUCACAUUCUAGCGACGCCUAUGUAUGGAGGGGCCAGUUGUCCCAAUCUUACCCAGACCAGGACAUGCUCCAAUAUUACCCCCUGCCCUCUAGGGGAGGGUGAGUUUCACUACAGCUUGAAGGUGGGCGUCUGGAGUGAGUGUCGUCUGCCCCUGCAGAGAGGGGUCUGGUUGAAUGGGAGGACCAUGGUAGAUUUCAGCUCCAACUCCAAGAAGAAAAACACAGUCAAACGGCAUACCCAGAGCUUCCACCAUGACCAGCACUACCUUGACCCCAAACCGGACCCCAACUCUGACACGAUCCCUGACACCAACCCUGACCUCAACCCUAACCUCAAACCCGACACCAACUCUGACCUCAACCCUAACCCAAACCCUUACCUCAGCCCUGACCCUGACCUCAAACGUAAGGCGUGGGACAUCGAGGUUGGCUACCAGACACGGCAGGUCCGGUGCACACGGAGCGACGGAAAGAACGCCAUGCUGAGCCUCUGUACACAUGACGAUGGCCCCUUGACCUUCCAGUCUUGCGUCAUGCCUAAAGACUGCAUUGCCUCCAAUUGGUCCUCCUGGAGUCCUUGUUCCAAGACCUGCCGGGCUGUGGACCUAUCACCUGGCUUCCGGAUCAGGACCCGGCGUGUGACGCAGAUCUCCAUUGGUGGAGGCAGAGAAUGUCCCGCCCAGGAGGAAAAGGAAGCUUGCAACAUCAUCGGAGACCUGCUACCAAACUGUCCCAGGUAUGUGUGGCGGACCACAGACUGGGGAGAGUGUCUCGUCGCCUCCCUCCUCAGCCAGCAGGACAGGAAGCUGGUCGACGCCAGUGUCCUCUGUGGAGGAGGGCUGCAGACCAGAGACACUUACUGUGUCCAGGUGCCCAACACCUCGGCACCACGCCACAGGAAGGAGGUAUCCAGGCCUGUGAGCCGGCGUCUGUGUGCUGGCAUGGAGCUUCCCACUGCUGUCCAGCCAUGCUCCCUCCUGUGUCCUGAGGCCUGCCUGUUCUCCCCCUGGGGCCCUUGGGGGCCCUGCCUGCACGACAACUGCCUGGAGGCCCAGGGACGCAAAGGGUUCAGACAGAGGAGGAGGGUGGUCCUCUGGUCUCCUCCUGGUUCUCCAGACAGCUGUGUCCACCUCGUGGAGUCCAUUCCCUGUGAGGAGCCAGCGUGCUACCUGUGGCAGAGCCAGCCAGGGGCCCUGUGUGUGCCCAGCAAAGGAGGCUGUGGCCCUGGCAUCAUGGUCAACACCGUCCUCUGUGUCAACACCCAAGGAAUGGAGGUGUCAUCAGUCCUGUGUCAGGACAGCCCCACUCCUCCCCUGGAGGCAGCCUGUGAGGUGGCCUGCCUUGGGGACUGUGUAGUGGGGUCCUGGUCCCCCUGGUCCUCCUGCUCCAACUCUUGCUCCACCAAGAACGCAGAGGGCAGGCAGAGACGUACCCGCACUGUCUUGGCACUGCCAGGGGAAGGAGGGAGGGCAUGUCCUGCAGGCCCAGCUCUGGAGGAGUGGAAGCCAUGUAACAAUCACCCCUGCAUGGUGUUUUACUGGGAGGCAUUGGUGUGGGGACCCUGCAUGGAAGACGCUGCCCUGAGCCUCAAUGGAAGCAUCCUGUGGAACGGCACCACCACCUGUGCCGUUGGAGCCCAGAGCCGCAAAGUGACUUGCAUGAAGAUGAACGCCGGACAGGUGAUCCCCAAAAGGUGUCCAGAUUCCGCCCGACCGAAAAACAUCAGGCCCUGUUUACUUCCCCUUAAGAAAGACUGCGUGGUGACUCCCUUCAGCGAAUGGACAGCCUGUCCCUCACCCUGCCAGCCAGCCAAUGUCACAGCAGCCAGACAAUCCCGGUACAGGACCAUCAUCCAUAGGCCAGCCCACGGGGGCCAGGAGUGUCCUGACACACUCUAUGAGGAACGAGAGUGUGAAUCCCUUCCUGUUUGUCCCGUCUACAGGUGGAAGACACACAAGUGGCAAGCGUGCACACUGGUCCCAGACUCAGUCCGUCUAGGAAUGGCAGGACCAGUAGAAGCUUGUGGCAACGGUUUAGAGACAAGAGGGCUCAGCUGCGUGGGAGAAGACGAUCGGCCAGCUGACAUGGCGCAGUGCCUGCAGUGGGCCGGCGCCGUCCCUGACCGGGUCUGGGAGUGCCGGGUUCCGUGCCCAGAAGACUGCACCCUCAGCGCCUGGUCCAAGUUCUCAGAGUGUUUGGGAUGUGGAGGCUCACGGAGCCGCAAGCGCUUUCUCACAGGGCGGAGCAAGAAGAAGGGCCGCUGCCUAAGGGCGGAGCUAUACCCGCUGGUGGAGAUGGAGGCGUGUCCCUGUGACAACUUCUUGUCCAGGCCCUAUGGGAACUGGUCAUCCUGCAUCCUGCCUGAAUCCCCAGGACCGAGCGCCAUGCUAGGCUGGAGGGGGAAGGGGGAGGGCCUGACCGAGGCCCAGAGGGAGGCCAGAGAGUGUGGCCAGGGCCUGAGGUACAGAGCCCUGCUCUGCCUGGACCAGCAGGAACAAGUGGUCAGCCACACUCUCUGCAGUGACUCAGGCUAUGUGGAGGAGGUCUGCCACAUCCCCUGCCCCCUGGACUGCAAGCUCAGUGAUUGGUCUGCCUGGACGCCCUGCAGCGCCCCCUGUGGAGGAGGACUGAAGAUCAGGUCCAAGUGGCUCCGGGAGAAAGCCUUCAACGGCGGCCGGCCCUGCCCCGAGCUGGACCUGAGGAACCAGGCACAGGUGUACGAGGCUAUGCCGUGCCACUCUCAGUGCAAGCAGUAUGAGUGGAGGGCAGAGCCAUGGUCCAUGUGUACUAUCAACACUGUGGACGAGUUGCCAGCCUGCGGAGAGGGGGUGCAGAGCCGCAAGAUCAGGUGUGUGAGGACGGGAGCAGAGGGGGCCCAUGAGCCCAGCAAAGAUGAUAGCCUGUGUGACCAGAAAGAGAUUCCACCUGGCGCCCAGACCUGCUUCCUGCCUUGCCCAGAGGAGUGUGUGAUGUCAAACUGGGGACAGUGGAGCACCUGCCCUCUGCCGUGUGACUCAGGCAUGUUGAGGAACAGGACCAGACAGGUGCUGCGUCUGCCUGCCCCUGGCAUUUCUUGUCCGGAACACACCCAAAUGGAGGCUUGCCUCCUCAACUCCACCUGCUUCUCCUACCACUACAAUGUCUCAGCAUGGAGCACCUGUCAGCUGAAUGAGAAUGCAGUCUGUGGCCCAGGGUCACGGUCCCGCCUCCUGGACUGCGUUCGCAGCGACGGCAAGGUUGUUGGACUGAGCGUGUGUGAGGAGUUUGGUCUGGUCAACGAGGAGAUGUUGGCAGGAAGCUGUAUGGUCGACUGUCCUGUCAGUUGUGUGCUCUCCGAUUGGUCACCUUGGUCGGAAUGCUCGCACACCUGUGGUAACCAAGGUCAGACCAUGCGCUUCCGGACCAUCCUCCAGCAGGCCCAUGACGAGGGGCGUCCCUGUCCCCCCUUGCUGUCCCAGACCAAGCCCUGUCCUAUCAGGCCCUGCUAUACCUGGCUGCUCGGAGACAGGACCCCCUGCACUGUGGAGGGAGCAGUGUGUGGGGAAGGGGUGCGCAGGAGGAACCUGACCUGUGUAGUCCAUGAAGGAGACUGGCCCACAACCUCCUCUGCCAAGGCUGUGGACGAGGGCCUGUGUGGAGGGAGGCUGUGGAGAGAGAGCGAGCAGGACCUGCUGCUGCCCUGCUCCAUCCCUUGCCCUGGAGACUGUCACCUGACUGACUGGUCUUCCUGGAGCUCGUGCCAGCUGACCUGUCUGGAGGGGCGGAGCUUCGAGACCACGGGUCGACAGGCUCGCUCCAGAGCUGUCGUGGUAACGGUGCUGGAGAACCUGGACAACUGUCCCCAGCAGGUGUUUGAGACGCGACCUUGCAAAGGGGGGCGGUGCCACAGCUACGAGUGGAGGGCCAGUGGAUGGAACGACAACGAGAGAGCCGUGUGGUGCCAGCGCUCAGAUGGAGUCAAUGUCACAGGUUUCACCGUUACAGGGGGGUGCUUUCUACACAACCGGCCGACAACAGUCCGACACUGCCACCCUCCCUGCACCAAGCCCUUCUCCCACUGCACACCGAGUGGAGUGUGUGGGUGUGAGAAGGGCUACACAGAGGUGAUGACCACCCACGGCUUCCUGGACUACUGCACCAAGACCCCUGGGGCCGACACCAAGAAGGCUGAUGUGAAGACCAGCUCUGGCAGGCUGAAGCCAGGGCCCUCCCAGGCCCAGGACCUCUUCAGUGAGUGGAGCCUGCGGCCUGUCGGACCAGAUGGAAGAGUGAAAUUCUGGGUGUAUGGUGUGACAGCUGGAGGAUUCAUCUUGAUAUUAUUAAUUAUUGCUUUAUUGUUCCUGCCAUGUAAACCUCCCAAGAUGAAAAAGACAGCCUCUCCACCUCAGAAGCCUCUGACUCUGGCCUAUGACGGGGAUGCAGACAUGUAGCCAUGAUGUCACAGGCAGAUUAUGUACUGAAUUGUACUGUACUGACACACGGACAGGAUAUUUACUGAAUUGUUUCUAAGAUGGUCUGAGGGACAUUUCCAUCACUCUCAGAAAGAGGAACUUUUGACCUCUAACCCAGGGACCAUGAGGUGGACAGGUCUGGAUCAACACAGCAGCUUAUUGUCAUGGAAAGUUUGAGAUUUUAACUUGGGAGGCGUUUGUUUUUCCAGAAACAUUUUGAGAGUCAAACUUUCUCAACAUGUCACAGUAUCAACAGCUACUAUGUGAGAGUGACUUUUUAACGCCGGGAGGAUAAACUCAAAGCUCUAUGCACUACAUUAGUGCUGUUUCAUUCUUGUUUUUCUUUUCAAACAAGUUUUUUUCUAGUGUUUUCAUUGUAAUGAAAGUUAUUGCAGUGAAGUUGUGUAUUAAUUGAUAAUAUCAUAGGAUGUGUAAGCUUGGAUUUUUGACAGUUUAACCAAAUGUAGGCUUGCCAGAAUUCUAUCUGAGGUAAUUGACAUGCCCCCUUAAACCCACUAGCUUGGUCACUCUCGAAACAUCUGCUUUAGUCAAGAAAACAAUGUAUCCAAUUAAACUAAUGUAAUUUUCCCAUAUGCACACAAUGCCACUACGCAGAUUGAAUCCUUUCCUUUAGUAUUUUUAUAAAUUGGACUGAAGUGAGUUUGAGGAAGACAUUUCUUCAGUCAGAUAAAAAAAAUUCUGAUUGUUUAUCAGCACGACCAACAGGAGGCACCUGAAUUGUAUUCAUGGUGACAAACAAUUCAGAAGAAACUGAUUGUUUUUAUUAUUCCUCUUAGCUGUAUAUGGAUUUACCUCCAAGUCUGUUGUUAACAGACAAGCAAUUAAUAAAUAUGGUGAAAGAUUUAAUAAAGAAGGACAGAUGUAUUUCUAUUAUUUACAUGUGGAUUUAUUUAAAUGAUUCAAUACACAAAUCCUGCAGACAUCAAUAGGAUUCUAAGUAUUUAACUUUACUUCAGAAAUGCAAUUGGACAUCAUUCCAUUGUGAAUUUAACAAAGAAUGUCUCACAAACAAGUUUAUAAUCUGAAGGGUGUAUGACUAUUUUUGUUUCUUGCUACAAUAAUAAUAUUUUAUCACCCAGUUGUAUGUAUGCAUGCUUGAUCUGUUCAAACAGAAAUCAUGAUGCUCUAUAAGUGGCCUUGCAAUGAAUUUGUUCAAUUUCCAUGUGAAGUUAUGUGGUGCAUUUGGGUAUAUUAGCACUCUAGUUUAUGAUAGUUUCCAGCUGUUGUCACUUUGUUUGCUCAGACAUUAUGUGGUACUGUGUCUGAUCAUUUCUGAGUGGAGUUAUCACAAGCAGUAUUUCAAAGUCAUUCAACAAUACUUAAACAACUAUCAGCUUGUUUCUGUACUAUAGAAUAGAGUGCAACCAAAACAUGCUCUCCAGUGACUCUGAGGGCUGAAGUCCCUAUGAGUUCCCUUUUUUACAUCACCUUUUAUAUUGUGCUAGAAUGCUAUAAACACAUUAGUAUAUUGAGUAGUAACUUAUAAUUUACUGUACCUUGUCUUUUGUGUUUUUGCCGUAGAGAGUUGGACAGACAUGCUAAUAAAGUGUGGUACUAUGUGCACCAACAGCUAUGAAGCUCGUU